GGAGGUGGCGGCCCACUGUCGGAGGCCGUGAGAUGGCUGCGCACGUGCUGAGAGGGGCGCAUGUGGUGCGUCGGCUGGCUCUGCAGCGACGGACGGCAGCGGCGGCGGCGGCGGCGACGCCGCCGGCCGUCCGGAAGUCCACCCAGGCCACAGAGCUGUCGGCGGCCGGCACCAAGUACGGACCGCAAACGGACGAGCUUGACCUGACCUUUAGCGACACGCGCGCGGCGUUCCAGAGCAAAACCACAUGGGAGGUGCUCAGGGGCUACCUGGUGUUCACGCUCUGCAGGUCCCGCUACCUCGUAGACAACAAUGCCAAGCUCAUGAAGCUGUUCCGGAAGGUGCUCGGUCGCCAGCUGUUCCACACUGCUAUGAGGUCCACCUUCUACGGCCAAUUUGUGGCCGGCGCCGAUCAGAAUGAUAUUCGUCCGUCAAUUGAACGCAUGCGUUCUUUUGGAGUCAAGUCCAUUCUUGACUACUCUGUUGAAGAGGACAUCAGCGCAGAAGAAGCUGAGAAAUCUGAAAUGCGGGCCUGCGCCAAGCCGGAGGAGCUGGAGCGCUCCGCGCGGGCCGACCCGAUGGCGCGGUACCAGGCACACCGCGAGUUCGCCGACCGCCGCUCGCAGGUACAGAGCGCGCGCACCUACUUCUACAUGAACGAGGCCCAGUGCGAGAAGAACAUGGACACCUUCAUGAAGAGCAUCGAGGCUGUCUCGGGAUCAACUCAGUGCACCGGACUGGCGGCGAUCAAAAUGACUGCACUGGGUCGGCCCCAGCUGCUGAUGCAGCUGAGUGAGGUGAUCAUGCGGACGAGGCGGUACCUGGCUGAGCUGGCCGGCAGCUCGCAGGCUACGGACGUCAUCAGUCAGGACGUGUCGCUCGCCACUGUCGAGGACCGACUGAAGGGCGCCAACAGCCCUGAGAUCCAGCAGUGGAUCAACGGCCUCACCUACGACCAGAAGGGUCUGAUCCAUCUGUUCUCGUGGUCGGGCCUGAUCGACACGAACACGCUGGUGAGCGAGCUGUUCCGCGUGCCCAACCUGACCACCGGCCGCAUGGAGCCCCUGAUCGGCUCACUCACCGCUGACGAGGAGGAGAUGUUCAAGAACAUGAUGCGCCGCCUCCAUCAUAUAUUCUCGCACGCUCGUGACUGUGACGUGCGCGUGAUGGUGGACGCGGAGCAGACCUACUUCCAGCCGGCCAUCUCGCGGCUCACCAUGGAGCUGAUGCGCAAGUAUAACCGGGAAAAGGCGAUCGUGUUCAACACGUACCAGUGUUACCUGAAGGACGCGUACCACAACCUCACCGUCGACCUGGACCAGGCCGACCGCCAGAAGUUCUUCUUCGGCGCCAAGCUAGUGAGGGGCGCCUACAUGGAGCAGGAGCGGGCCCGGGCCGCCACGCUCGGCUACGAGGACCCCAUUAAUGCGUCGUUCGAGGCCACAUCGGACAUGUACGGCAGCUGCCUCCUGGAGACGCUGCGGCGUAUUCAGCACUACAAAAAGUACGGCCAGCCCAAGAAGCUGGCCAUCAUGGUGGCCAGCCACAACGAGGACACGGUCCGCUACACCGUCCAGAAAAUGAAGGAGCUGGACAUUAAGCCGGAGGACAAGGUGGUGUGUUUCGGCCAGCUGCUGGGCAUGUGCGACCACGUCUCAUUUCCGCUCGGUCAGGCCGGCUACUCCGUGUACAAGUACGUGCCGUACGGGCCGGUGGACGAGGUGCUGCCCUACCUGUCACGGCGCGCCCAGGAGAACAAGGGCAUGCUGACCAAGGUGGCCAAGGAGCGCGGUAUGCUGCGCGCCGAGCUGCUGCGCCGCAUCGGCCACGGUCAACUCCUGUACCAGCCGCGCGGCAACUACACGCCCGUGUGAGGCCGACCACGCCGUGCCGCUGCCCCGUGGCCGCGAUAGGUACUCGCAGUUGCGCUCACUUCCACCUAGUGUCGCCUUGAGGGCGGUUACGUCGACAGACGAGGCUGUGAAGCUCUGGAAUCAGGUUACCAAAACGAUGCUCGUCAAGCGCGUCCCAUGAGGGCGGCGGUUGCGGAGGAGUCACCCGCUAAAAGCGGAAGGCACGUGCGUGUAAAUGUUAAUCUGUGGCCGUUCGUCAUGCUGAGCAGCGUUGCGGUUGUAUGUGCUUGAGGAGGGUCUGUUCCUCCCGCAGACCUCAUGCGUCCGUGUAGGCUGAGGAACGCGUUUCGUGACGCCGAGUACGCGCAUUUAUGUCAGGUCAGCAGGCGAUCUCCGAGCGUUGCUGUUGAGGUCGCGAUAUCUCGCAGAAGCUGAAGCAAUACACUGACAGCACUGCGUGAUCUCGAAUUCGGAACGGUGAGAGAGACGACACGCGUGUGUGCACGACUCAGGACCAGAGACGAACCUGGCCUGUCGCCUGGCGCACGUGCGUGCACGACUCCGGCCCGGAGACGAACCUAGCCUGUCGCCUGGCGCACGCACCUCGGAAAUACACAGCAUUACAGCACAAGUUCCGCGUAAUGCGGCCUGGCUAAACCAUGGGGGUUCAGACGCUCUGUAUUUUAAUACCGGGAUGACGAUCACGGUCGAAACGGAUACACUCGGAGGUGAGGUUGCUAUCACGAGCUCAGGCUUGUAGUUUCCUACUCGGAAAAACUGCAACGCAUAACUUUGAAAAAGUGCCAAAUUAGGAGAAACACGGUGUAGUGCGUCUUGGGCUGGGUUGACCUAAUGCGUACUCGCUCAGCACCUUCCCCAGAUUACUUUGUGACAUUACGUCUUUGUCCUCACGGCUUCCACUUCCAAAAUAAUGCGAGCGUUCACAGACCAAAGAAAUGUUACCUUGAAACGAAUGACAUCUGCCCUUGGCAGGGCAGGCGCCAGGCAGACGAGGCAGACGACUGGCAGGGCAGGCGCCAGGCAAACGACUGGCAGGGUAGGCGCCAGGCAGACGGGGCAGACGACUGGCAGGGCAGGUGUCAGGCAGACGACUGGCGGGGCAGGUGUCAGGCAGACAACUGGCAGGGCAGGUGUCAGGCAGACGACUGCUGCCAGCUCUCGUCUACAGUGCGUUUACGCCAAAAUCAAUAAUAACGGUUUGCCCGUAUACCGUGAGACGUUUGUUAGGCGAGACAAUUGAGCAAAGCGUACCUGAACAUAUAAAAUUACUGCAUUAUGUAUCAGCAAUUUUUAGGAUAAUCUCCCUUCGCUGGAUUAACCUCUACAUAUCGCAAGCACUGCUAAAAACGUCUAACGUCCAGUAGUUCCGCCAUAUGUCCCAAUAACUGCCUAACUUCAUGCAAGAUAUUUGCUAUACAAGAUAUUUCCGACAUAAAUAAAUAA